AUUUUCAGGAUGUUAACUUCAUUGGGGAUGCGGUCGCGUGUGGCCAGUUUAGAAAGCAAAUAUUUAUUAAGGUUUCUGAAAUUAUCAGCUGAACCAAACAGGCUAUCUAAUUAUCCGUACGGGAAAACUGUGAAUCCAUUCAGUCUGCAGUUCGCUACUUCAGCACAGAUAUCCAUAUCGAAUUUUUCUCUUCCAUGUGCAAAUGCUCUAUACGAAGCAAAGCGGCUUUUUCAUGCUACUGAAACAGAGUGGGAGCUAGUGGAAAUCCAGUUGUUUUCUGCAUAUUUUACGAAUUACUUGCAAAUCCUGAUUUCCAAGGUCGAGGUUUCCUAUUAUAAGGAUGGUUAUGAUGCAUUUGCUAAGGAUCCUGACCCUGAAAUUCUCGGAUUAUUUGCAAAAUUGAAAUAUUAUUUGAAACGCUACUGGUAUAUCGCUAUUCCAAUACACAUUGCAAACUGUAUCAUUUGGUUUAUUGUCCUUUAUAUCGCUGUCCAAAGCGGUCUUGAUGUUGUUGCAUUGCUGGAGAAGUGCCAUGUACCUAAUUAUAUUGUUCAUAGAGUAAAAUCGGUUCCUUCGAACGCAGGAGUUGCUGUUGUGGCCUUUCUACUCUACAAGAUCGUUAUUCCCCUUCGUUAUGCUACAACUCUGUUGUUAAUACAGCUUAGUUUCCCCGUUCUUCGACGACUGGGUAUAAUGACAGUAAAGGAAGUAAAAUAUAAGAUGCGAUUGAAAUAUACGAACAAAGUGAAAAAAAUAAAACGUCGCUACCAACUAAAGUUUAACCGAGCGGGGUCACUCGGAAAUAAAAAACGGCAGAAUAUCAGCGGAUUUAAAAAGUCCUAGUGAAAUUCGUCGAUUGCGAACGCAGUGAUAUUACAUUGUCAUUUGUUAUAUGGUUUUGACAUCUUGUGACCUAAUAUAUUGGGUACUGUCGAUCUUUUAUGGUUCACCCGCUAAGGAUAGGAAUGCAAAUCUCCAGGACUUUUUGAUUUGCGAGUUUUUAUAAUUACAUUAUUGAAGAGAUUCUUUCCAU